UGUGUGUGUGUGUAGGGAAUGGUCACAGCAUCUCUCAUAGUUCAGCUCCUUUCAAAGCCAGCUGAAGGCAAGAGGAAGCAUCAGAGAGAGCUCUCUUUCAGCCAGUCUCUGGUAUAUUGGCUUGGCUUGCUAGAAGGUUCAAGGAGAGAUGGCGGGAAUGAAAAUCCAGCUGGUGUGCAUGAUCCUUCUGGCUUUCAGCUCCUGGAGCCUAGGCUCAGAUUCAGAAGAGGAAAUGAAGACAUUAGAAGCAGAUUUAUUGACCAAUAUGCAUACAUCAAAGAUUAGCAAAGGAAGUGUUUCCUCUUGGAAAAUGACCCUGCUGAAUAUUUGCAGCCUUGUAAAUAGCCAAAACAGCCAGGCUGAGGAAACUGGAGAGUUUCGUGAAGAGGAGCUUAUUACAAGAAGGAAAUCUCCCAUUGCUUUAGAUGACUUUAGCUUGGAAGCAAUGCUGACCAUAUACCAGGUCAGAAAAAUCUGUCACAGCAGGGCCUUUCAACAUUGGGAGGUGAUCCAGGAGGAUGUUCUUGAUACUGGAAAUGAAAAAAAUGAGAAGGAAGAAGUUCUAAAGAGAAAAAUUCCUUACAUCCUGAAACGGCAGCUCUAUGAGAAUAAACCCAGAAGACCCUACAUUCUCAAAAGAGGUUCUUACUACUACUGAGAGCAUAAAUAGUUUAUCUACGUGUGAUUGUGAUUUAGCAUCUGUUAAUUAAAUAUCAAAUAAUCCCUGUGUGGAAAUGUGACAGAACACGAUUAUUUUGUCUCCUCAGCAACUGUGGUUUAUUGGAUGUGACUUUUUGUGCGUUAACAUAAAUUGGGCUAAAUGCUUUCAAAUAAAUUUAAACAUUGAGCAUGA